CUGGCGUAUCAGUUCGCAACGGUCGGUCAACGCGUGAUCUUCAAUUCGAAUUUGGCAAUCAGUGUGACACGGGACUUCUUUUUAUUUGAAAGUUGUGUUUUGGGAUAAAAGUUGAUGAUUGUGAAGCGCAGCGUGAUUUUUUGUUUUUGAGUGAUUCAUGAUUGGUACCACCGCCACCACCACAGCGCUCCCAUCACGCCACAACUAAUCAUCGCAUUUCGGUGUGCGCUGAUAUCGAUCACCGUCCGUGGCCGACCGGUAUUUAUCACAAAUUGCUACCACCAUCGAUCGGUAGUCAGUGUACGGAAGUGUGUCGCAGUCGUAGCCGUUGUCAUCGUCGUCGUCGGCGUUAUCGUGAAGAAGAGCAACUAUGAAUUUUAAAUUUACUGCAAUCCGCCGGUUUGUGUGAACAGUCAGUGGGUAGUGAACCGCCGGGUAGGAUUGGCAGAGCUCUACGAGUGCAGAAGUGCGUGUGCGCAACCGUGUGAUUUGCUAAAGUGGAGGCGUUCUGUGCUCAUCGUCUCGCCAUAAACUGUGAGGCGUUCUGAUCGUGCACCCCAAAGUGUGCGGAAAGUGAAAAGACCGCAACGAAGGUUAAGAACGAAACCGUUUCGUUGAGUUGUUGAUAAGCUUCACAGGAUUGUGCACAGAUAGACGGUUGCGGCUCAGGGACAACGAACUUGUGUGCGCUCGCAACUCGGUGACGCAUUAGCCAAUUUCCGGAUCGUCGGCAGGAUGGUUCUAAAUCCGUUGAAGCAGAUGAUUAAAGCGGCGGAUCACAUCCCCACCCGCUUAAACAUCGGCAUAAUGUUGUUCCUUUCCUGUUUUGUGAGCUACAUGUUGCGAGUCAACAUGUCGGUAAAUCUCCUAGCGAUGGUCCAGCCAGUCCAGAAAAUGAAUCAACACGCGUUAACACUCCUGUCCAGCAACGGCACAAACGCGAAUGACACCUCGAUUUCCGUUCCAAUGCCAACAGCAUCUACCGUUCACAACUACGGACCCCGCUACAACUGGUCCUCGCACGACCAAAGUGUGAUCUUGGGUGCCUACUUUUACGGUUAUCUGGUGACAUCUCUACCGGCCGGAGUCCUUGCCGAGCGGUUCGGACCACGAAAUUUGGUGGGCUCUUCGCUGGCAGUCAGUGCACUGCUGACGGCGCUCACUCCUCUGGCCGCUACCUAUGGAAUGUGGACCGUGGUGGUCAACCGGGCGGCGCUGGGAAUCUGCGGGGGCGUCCUCUACCCGGCACUGCACAACCUCGUCUCACGCUGGGCUCCCCCAGAUGAGAAGGGGAAAUUCGUUUCCGCUCUGAUGGGCGGUACCUUCGGAACCGUGGUAACGUGGCCCCUGGUUGGAGUCCUCAUCGAAACGUUCGGAUGGUCCUUCGCCUUCUACGUUCCGGCUGUGAUAACUGCUAUUGUUGUGACAUUUUGGCUGAUAAUCGUUGCGGAUUCCCCGGCCAAACAUCCACGUAUCCAGAAGGAAGAGCAGGACUAUAUCAUCAAGUCUCUGGGUGAUACCAUUUCCAAGCAGAACUUGCUGCCGCCGGUGUUGAAGAUGGUGACUUCGUUGCCGUUCCUUGCGCUUUUGGUGCUGCAUUUUGGUAACCUGUGGGGAUUGUACUUCCUGUUGACGGCAGCGCCCAAGUUCAUGAGUGAGGUCCUUGGCUUCAAAUUAGCUAAGGCUGGAUUCCUCGCAGCUCUUCCGUAUUUGGCACGAGCCCUAGCUGCAUUUGGAUUUGGAAGCAUCGGUGACUAUUUGAGAAAGAAAUCGGUCUUCAGUGUUACCACCAUCCGCAAAUCAUUCUGCUUAUUCUCUCACAUAAUCCCCGGACUGUUCCUCGUGGGGCUCAUCUACGCCGGGUUCGAUCCGUACGUUUGCGUGGCCAUCAUAACCCUCUCGCUGGGUUUCAACGGCGCCUCCACCAUGACCAAUCUGCAGAACUCCCAGGACCUGGCGCCGAACUUCGCCGGCACACUGUAUGGAAUCAUCAAUUUUGUCGGAACGACAAGCGGCUUCAUCUCGCCCAUGCUGGUGGCACACUUCACUGCCCAGCGGAGCACCAUGGACGAGUGGCAGUACGUGUUUGCGAUCGGAGCCGCUGCCUACAUCAUUCCGGCCGUGGUCUUUGUCCUGUUUGGAUCCGCGGUCGUACAGAAGUGGAACGAGCCCGGGCAGAGCGAGUCGAAGCAAACGACCAAGCAAAUGCAAGAAACGUAUUGAGCCAGCAGGGGCAGGCACCUCCUCGUCUCGUUACCUGCCUCAGUGUGAUCCAGUAGCCAAUUGAAAGCCGGUUGGAGCUUUUCCAGCCGAGGGCUUUUCUCAUAUUUUCAUUUGUAAAUAUAGCUGAGUAAUGUAUGUAUUAGGAAACACACAUCUCAACGAAUCUCAUCUGUAAUGAUAGUCAACUUAGCGAUUAAGUCAGCCAACGAGUAUUAUUAGCGAAGCUAUAAAUAUCCACAAAUUGGUAUAUAAUUUUUCUAUAUACAAACGAACCGACACCUAAAUUAUGCAAUUCAGUGAAGCAACAAGUGCAGUGAUAGUGGUUCGUUUCUUUUAUGUAAUGAUGUUAACCGAGCAGGCUUUUAUGCUCAACCGAUGCGAAUCCCUGACCCAUUGAGGCAGUGCAAAUAAAAAUAAAUAUGUCAUUCAAAGACAGAUUUCACACAAACCUA